AUGCGAGUCUCCCAUUCCAGUCAACAGGUUCGCCAGGCGUACAAAGGCUUCGGACAGGCAUCCCUCUCGAUGGCAAAAGGAUUUGCAUGCGGAGCCGUGUACUCGGGCGUUGACUGCUUUGUAGAGCGUGCCAGAGGAUCUCAUGAUCUCAACAACUCUAUUUAUGCUGGUUGUCUCACUGGUGCCGCUCUAGCUUACAAAGGAGGGCCUCAGGCUAUGGCAAUGGGCUGUGCUGGUUUUGCCGCUUUUUCUAUCGUUAUCGAUUCCUUCAUGUCCACUGGCGAUAAAGAUGUCCAUAAAUGGUGA